UCGUAGAGCGCAGUGGGGUGGGCGGCCUCCAAUCAACUUCAUUCUAAUAACAUAACGUUCUAGAAAGAGAUACAGACAGUACUGGGCAACUGUUCAUACAACAGUUCCUAGUUCUGCGUAUUAACAAGAGAACGAUUUUAGUGCAAGAGUUUUAAAACGACUAUUUUUAUGUGAAAAUGAAGAUUGUAAAUAUGGACAAAAAAUACGUUUAUAUAUUAUUUUUAUUGUGUACCUUAAUAUGUGUGGAGUGCAGAAAAACAUCAAAGAGUCGUUCUUCUGGGUCAGGCCGUGGUUCGAGUAGAAAAACAAAUAGCAAUCCGCAGCCUGCUCCAACAUCUUUCAGCUAUUCACAACCUGCAUCCGCACCGAAGCCUACAUUAUUUGGAUGGCAAGAAAAGCCUGCUCAAAAGAGUGCUUCGACAUGGCAAUCGAAAACAUCCAAUAGUCAAAGCCAUUCUUAUCCUUCAAGUCAAACAGGACUGUCUGGUAAUAAACCUAAGCAGCCACAAACUUAUCAAGAGAGUAUUCAAAGAAAUCAAGCGCCUCAACAAUCUCGACCGAUUUCUCAGACUAAUACUAAUAGUCAAUCAAGCCAUUCAUAUCCUUCAUCCAACGGCCUAUCAGGUAACAGCGGUUCGGGAGCAAGCUAUCCUCAAGGGACUGGUUUGUCAGGUUCAGGAGUAGCAAAAUCUCCUAGUUCCGGUGUCGGAUAUCCACAAGGUAGUGGAUUAUCGGGUUCUGGUUCAGCGUACCCUCAUGGCAGUGGCGUAGAAGCUCAAAGAUCUGGAUCUGCUGGAUAUGGCGGUGCACCUCCUCCAUAUCCUGGAUAUAAAACCAGAGACACAAAUCGCCCCUAUAACGGAGGGAAUUAUCCUGUGCAAAAUUAUGGCAAUAAUUAUCAACAUGGUCCACCGCAAGGGCCACCACCUCCAUACCCUCAUUAUGGGUCCAAUUAUGGAGGAUAUGGAGGUCAUGGUUUCUAUAAUCAGGCUCCGCAAGCGCCUGGUUAUUUUGGAAAUUAUGCCAAUUAUGGUAAAGGCUUUGGAGGUGUAAGCCGUACAAGUAGCGCUCUUAAAGGCGUCGGUAUCGCUGGUGCUGGUGUUGGCACCUUGUUGACAGGACUAGCAUUAUGGAAUUUAGCACGUUCUACUGGUCGUCAUCAUCACACUGUUAUAUAUGACAAUAGGGGGCAACCUGUAGCAGUAGCUCCUGCUAAUGAUACAUCAUCUCCUGAUGAUUCGUUCUUAAAAGAUUUAGUUAACUGCAGUCUUACUAUAAGUAAUGAAAAUACAACGGAAGUGUUAGCUAUACCAUGUGCUAUAGCAUCGUCAUUUUCCCCUGAAGCUGAAGUGAAAGAUAUUGGAACUGGUGAUAGUAAAAUAGAUAACACAAAAUGUAUAGUCACGGUAGUAACAAACACUGGUAAAGAAUAUAUGACAACAAUUCCUUGUGCUACACUUCUUAAUACUGCUGCAGAAAACAAUGUUACAGAACCACCUCUCGAUAGCAAUAUCAUGGAAGGUGUUAAUAACACAAUGGCUUCUGGUGAUGCAUCGCUUUCAAACCAACCUGCAGCUCUUAGCCUUUCUAGUGGUAAUGUAGAAAUGAAUAGUACACAAUCUGGAAUAAAUUGCACACCUGAGCCUGGUAAUGUUAGAGAUCCAAUUAAUCCUUGUUUUGCUGUAACUAGUGAUUUAACAGUGAUUCCAAUACAAACCUCAGAUAAACCUAUAGAAAAUGUAAAAUAGAGAAAUUACCUAUCUACAAAAUAAGCAAGAAUUCGGUAAUUGUUAGGUAUUAUGGUUUAGGUUAUUUGCUAAUAAAACUGUAAUUUUGUGUACGAAUUUAUCUAAGGAAUUUCUAAUAACCUAUGUAAUGUUAAAUGGUACAGUUUACAUUACAUACAUUACAUUUUGCGCUAUUAGAAGAUUUGAUCUAUUAUAUAUUAGGUAUAUUUAUAAAUGAUUAUAUAUAUAUUAAAAAAAUGUGAUGUAUACUUUAACGAAAAUAUUUUUUUUUGUGUGAAAUGUUUUCAUUAACAAAAAACCUACUUAGUAUUUUGUGAGUACCUAACAACUGCACUCAAACAUGUUGUAUUUUGAAGUACAUUAAACAUAAUAAAACACUGUGUGAAUUAUUAAAUUUUCAUUUACUUUA